CCAUCUCUGAUCUCCUCUCCCGGCGGGAAAAGAAAAAACAAACCUCCCUUCUGAGCUGAGCCUCUCCAGAAGCUCCAGAAGAGCCUUCCACGGAGCCGAUGGCUGCAGCGGCGUCAGGCGGCGACACCCCGAAGCAGCUCCUCUCCAUCAUCCGCGACUUCGCCUACGAGAAAUCGCACGGCGAGCGCAGGGUGUCCGACCUCAGGCGGCGCCUCGCUGAUGCGCGCGCCGCGGCAGACGUGGCCGCGGCGGAGCUCGACGCCGCGAAGCGCGCGCGGGAGGCUGCGGAGCAGGAGUUUCGCGGGAGCCAAGUGCAAGACGCGAUCGCCGCCGACUCCAUCCUUGCGCUAGAGGCGACGAUCUCGUGUCUCCAUGAGGAGAUCUCGAAGGCCAGCACUGAUCUGGACGCGCUCAAAAGCAAGGAAGACAGUGAGAGAGAAGACUUCAUUAGCAAGAUGUAUGAGAUGAACGCAAAGAUAAGGCAAUUUCAACAGAUGGUAUCUCUAGAAUUAGCAGAGUACAAUCAUUGUGAGCUGCCAUCUACAGAUGGUGAACAUGUCAAAGACAAGAGUAAAACCGUGGACUCGGAAGGCAUUUCGGAAGAGUUGUCAGAUAAGGUGAGCAACAUUGAAGCUGAGGUGCAGCUCUUGGAAGAAGAGUAUAAAAAGGAUCUGCUUUAUCAUGAUAAGGUCCGUCAGGAGCUGGCCGAAGUCCAAGCAAAGAGAGCUCUUAUGGAGGCUGUUAUGGAAGAGACAAAGCAGUUGCAGGAGCUCGGCGAGCGGGCAGCUGAACUGGAGAAGGUGCACGCUUCACUUGCAGUGGAGCUGCAGCGUCGGUACGUAUGCCCCGGCUGCGGAGUCAAUAACAUGCCUGGGCUGGAGGAGGCCGCGAACUAGAGGAGGCGUCAGAUGAUGUGCAGUGCAUACACAAUUUGGUCAGAUGUUUGACGUGGGGCGGAUAGGUGAACUUGUUAAUGAGGCAUUUGAUCAUACUCCUAGUCAGUAGAAGCCUUAGACGAGCUUGUCAUACACAUCGGCGAGAUGUGGGUUCCUGUCUGGAGUUGAGCUAUAAAAAGUUUGAGGAAUUACUGGUCCUGUCUGAACCUAUAUUUCCUAUUCAUAUAAUGGUUGCUAUCUUAGGCUAUUUCCAGUGAGUGCACAGUGUCAAAUACAUUUAGGCUCUGUUUGUUUGGUUUGAGAAA